AUGCUGACAAAAAUGGUUUCUGGAAAACAAGUCUUCUCAGUCAUCAUUACUCUCCUAUUGAUCUUCCUUCUACCUCCAUCUCAUGCUGCUUCUCAUUUAGAUCUUGGUGGUAUCAAGGAUUCAUCCAGCUCUAUCAAUUCUCAAAAGGUUAACCUCUCAGUUUACUAUGAAGCUUUAUGUCCAUCUUGUACGAACUUCAUUGUCCAAAAUCUAAUUAGGGUCUUCGACGAUGAUCUCAUCAACAUCAUCAAUCUUAGGAUGGUGCCAUGGGGUAAUGCUCACGUCAACAAAACUGACAACACCAUCAUUUGUCAGAAUGGUCAUGAUGAAUGUGUUCUGAAUACAAUACAAGCCUGCGCCAUCAAUGUCUGGGAUGAUGUGAAUAAAUAUUAUGCACUGAUUUACUGCAUUGAGUUCCUGGCUAUUGAGGGAAGGCAUCGAAAUUGGCCAUCUUGUUUCAGCUCCCUUGGAUUGUCUGAAAAACCUAUUUUGGACUGCUAUAACAAUGGAACUGGAGCAAAGCUUCAAGCUUUAUAUGGUUAUGAAACUGCACAUCUUAAUCCACCUCAUACGUUUGUGCCUUGGAUAGUUGUGGAUACUAAACCACUCAGAAAUGACUAUGAAAAUUUCAUCGCCUAUAUCUGCAACGCAUACAAAGGCAAUGUCAUACCAAAUGCCUGCAAAUCGCAUCCACAUAAUAAUGUCAGCUCAAUUGAGGAGGAAAAUCCUAUCUAUCCAGUUUGCUACCGAGGUGAAGCUAAGAAUUUGACAUUGUUGAGACCAAUAAAGAGAAUUCCAAGGUUGAGGAGAGCUUUCUGGAAGGUGCCUGGAAAGGGAUUCAAAUAG